AUGAAAAAAUGUAUGAUUAAUUAUCCGGAUGCUAUGUAUCACAAAAACGUCGUGAUAUCGAUUUCCGCUCAUCGAAAGGCUUUGCAAUUCGCUCAAUUUCUUGAAAGUACCUUUACGAUAUCGUUCGCUAUGCAACUUUUAAUAGUUACAAUUGGUUUGAGUAUUACUUUAGUACAAUUCUCAAUACAGCUGCACGACUUAGCGGAAGCGAUGAGGUACUUCGUUUUCAUUUUUGGUCAAUUAUUUCACUUGUUGUGCUUCAGCUUCCAAGGACAAAAAGUGAUAGAUUAUAGUCUCGAAACUCACGACAAGAUAUAUCAUAGUUCGUGGUAUACUAUACCCGUGAAGGAACAAAGACUGCUCAUGUUCGUGAUGAGAAAAAGUAUCGAUGCUAGUGUCUUGUCCGCCGGAAAGAUAUACAUAUUUUCUCUAGAAAAUUUCACGACGAUCAAAAGCCUUACUCAACACUUAUUCAUCGACUGGAAGGGAUUGAAAACUUCCGAAGAAUACGAGAUUAUGAAAUUAUACGCAGAGAACAGUAGACGAUUUUGUGUGGUGUAUACGGUAUAUUGUAUGUUAGCGGUCACUACGUUUAUGUCAUUGUCUCUUGUGCCAUUCGCACUCGACGCGAUAUGGCCCCUUAAUGAAUCUCGUCCCAUAACACCCCCGUAUCCAGGAUACUAUUUCGUGGAACUUCGGGAAUAUUUCUAUAAAAUCUUCUGGCACUCCAUCAUUGUUUGGGAAAUCACUAUAGUCGGAAUAGUCGCUCAUGAUUGUAUGUUUGUGACUUUCGUCGAACAUGUUUGUAGCAUGUUGGCUUUGGUUGGUUUACUAACAUUUUACUUUCGACUUUAUUUGACAAAUAUGAUUCAAUUCUUUUGCACCAAUCUAGUAUCAAAAUACUUUUACAAUUUAUCCGGAAUGUCAGCAAAACUAAAAAGAGAAAAAGUGAGGGAGAGAAAGAAAGGAGUUGUUCAAACUGUUUAUAGAUUCUAUUUCGAAAAUCUAUUUAAUAAAGGUGACAAAACAAUGAAAAUUGCAAACAAUUCUAAUGAUACUUAUCGCGAAAGAAUCGCAAUCUUUGUAAACAAACAUCAAGAUGCUUUAAAAUUUGUGGAACAUAUCGAAAAUACCUUUACUAUACCUUUUGGCGCGCAAAUGAUCAUAGUAACCAUAGGAUUAAGUAUUACAUUACUGCAAUUUACGCAGCAGAACGGCGAUAUUUUAAUAUCAAUAAGAUACGUAUUAUACGUUCUCGCUCAACUGUUUCAUUUAUUCUGUCUCUGUUUCGAAGGACAGAAGUUAAUAGAGCACAGCAUUCAGACGUGUGAUAAGAUAUACAGCAGUACCUGGUACGAAGUAUCCAUGAGAUCGCAAAAGCUAAUCGUGAUGGUGAUGAUGAAAAGUGUACGACCGAGUUUCUUAAGCGCCGGCAAGAUCUACAUUUUCUCCCUGGAGAACUUUACCACGGUUCUACAAACUUCGAUGUCAUACUUUACGGUGCUUACAUCCAUUUAAUAAAUGUUGUUUGCGCAUUCGACGAUAUUACGUGGUGGCACUCGUCCAGAAAACAAUAUUAUGUGUCUUUAAUUCUCCUAUUACAA